AAUAAACAAAGAGAAGAGGGAGGAAGGGGAGGGGGACAAGAAGGAAACCUCGCCGCGCCGACCGUCUUCCAGGCCAAUUAAAGAAUCACAAGCACGUAAAAACCCUAGCGAUCUCCUCCAAGGAUACUAGGAUAGACGGUUUGCCAUGGAUUGGGGCAACGUUACCGCCGAGGAUCUCAUCGACGCCCUCCGCGAAGUCGAUUGGUCUUCUCCCCCUCGUCCCGUCUCCGAAUUCUUCGCCAGGUUCACCGUUCCUAGAUCUUACUCCAAAUGGAACAGCCGCCUCAAAUGCAAUCUCUACUACUAUCGGACAAAUUACUUCAUCAUGAUUAUAUUUAUUCUUGGAAUUGCAUUUUUGAGGAAGCCACUUGCCAUUGUUGCUGCUGUUUUAACUGGUUUAAGCAUAGCAUUCCUAAAUGACAGUUUUGCAGUUGCUUUCAAUGAAAAAGUUACGAGAAUGGUGAGACAAUUUUCACCACAUUUAGCUGCUAAGCUGAGGCCUCAUAUAACGCCUGUUCUUCGCGGGAGACCACCUACCAAAAGGGUGAUUCAUAUGUGUGGGCAGCCCCGGUGGGUAUUUGUAUUGGCAUUUUCAGCAGCUAGUUGCUUCCUGUGGCUUACCUCCUGUCGCCUUCUUACUGUACUUUGGGCACUCAUCAUUGGCAUUCUUGCAACAACUCUCCACGCAAGCUUUAGGACACCUAAUUUAAAAGCACGCUUGAACAAAUUCCGUGAGGAGUUCCGUGCUGUAUGGCGCAAUUAUAGUGAGCUGUAACUAUUCUAUGCUGAUAAGAUUUGAAGUGUUCUCUGUGGUGCUAGGGAGAAACAUCAUGCAGUGCAAACAUUGGAGAAACAAUUGGCUCUGUAAUUGGUUCAUCGGCUCUGUAGGGGAAAUUACUAUUUAGAAGGAUUAAAUGAUCUAUGAAUCAUUUUUUGUCAAUUGCUGUUGCUGGUUCUUGAUACAUACGUUUAGAUCUGAAGUCCUGAUGAUGGGCAAGCUUGAUCUUCAUCUUUGCUUGGUGUAUUUGCCUAAUAACAUUCGAUUUGUACUUUUCUCAGUCCGGCUAACACCCAAGUAAUUGGGAACCAAAAAGCUGGCAGAUUUCCCGUGGUUUUUCAUUAUUAUUGAUCAUUAGUUAUGGUGACACCUAUGUGCCAACCGUCAUGUAGAUAUUGUAUCAUUCGAUAUUGAUUUGCUACUCUUACUGUUCA